AGGGCCAGGAACUACAUCUCCCAGGAUGCGUCGCGCUAGCGCUAGCCCAAGAAACUGGUCGCCUCGGGGCUCCGGGAGGGCGGGAGCGUCCCCUAACCAUUUGGGGCUGGAACGCCGCUUUCCAUGCUCCUCACUACCUGACAAACUCCUGUUGGCGCUGAAAUUUCUCUUCGGCCCAUCAGCCGUCCAGGCCUUGGAUCUUGUGGAUCGCCGUUCUGUUACCCGCAUCUCCUCUCCGAGCGGAAGAACCGUAUUCCAGGUGCUUGGGAGCUCUGGGAAAGCAUACACCUGUUUCACCUCCUGCCAUUACUGCUCGUGUCCCGCCUUUGCCUUCUCUGUGCUUCGGAAGAGCGACAGCCUAUUGUGCAAGCAUCUCCUGGCCACCUACCUCAGCCUGGCCCUGGGGCUGUGCCAGGAGCUGAGCGGUUCUAACAGGCAGCUGGCGGGCCUCCUGCUGGCAGAGGAAGAUCCAGACCAGGCCUAGUGUCUGCCACCUGAAGUAGAGAGGCUGGACUGAAGGACUAAGUAACUGGAAGGCAGAAGAGGAUUUGCACCCACAUCCUGGCUCUGUGACCCUGGGCAAGGUAUUUACCCACGAGGGUUUCAGGAAAGGGGCCCUUGUUUCUGAAGCGAUCUGCAUUUAAGGGAGGGGGACGGUUCUGGAAACGUUGGGAGAUCCUCACACCUCUGAAACCCCAAGUCUGAUCCCUUUCAUGGUGCCCUCCACUGCCUCCGCUACUGGUCUCCAAACAAAACAAAAAGAAACGGUAAAGGGACGGUAGAGGGAGGGGUUAGGUAACGUGCUAUAAGAAUCCAGGGGAUCUGAGUCUCCUUCAGGUGAGGGAGAGCCCUGGUAAAGGUAGUAUCUCAGCCACUCUGAAAGAAGUGAGAGAUGGGGUGGGAAAUGCCCACUGUGGGCCCAGAGGCUGGUCUUCCUGCUGUGGGCAGGAAGAUGCCCAGUCAGUGGAACCGAACUGCCUAUCAAGCAACUGUAAGGGGAUGUGAAAGCCGCUGCUGCUGUCUAUUUUUCCACUUUGACAAAUGGAUUAUUUCAGACCUAAUCCCGAGGGAAGGAGAACUUAGACGACAUCCCACCAGUUAAGUUCCCUCCCAUGACAGUGUUUUCCCUCCCCAGGAACGUGAGAAAGAGCCAAUUCUAGAUGUGGUUUGCUACAUUAAAUUUUUUAUAAAAAAAAAAAAAAAAAAAAAAAAGCUUUAUUUUUAAUUCACUUAAAUUAUUUUCAGCUUUGAGCUAAUACUACAUCUGGACACAUACACUGCAAAUGAGGUGAAAAUCUCACAGUCUGAGCCCAGCCAUUUCUUUGCCCCAUGCUUGGGUAGGCUCGCUUCAC